CCCCACUGUGACUGGGAUUGGUUGUGCUUGAGGGAGGUCUUAAGUGGGGACGACCCCAAUCUCAACGUUGACUCGAAUCUAUCUCUCCAUCCUCUCACGUCUCAGGAAGGCUAGCAUCAUCCCUCGUUUGUUUGCUUGUGUGUGCUUAUAAUAGAACACUGUUAUUCCAUAAAGAAGAACAUCUUGCACCCAAAAACCCUCCUGAGUAGAAACCCGGGACCGCCACCUAAAUCGGCGAAGUUCGACACGUAACUCUGCCGGUAUCAAAGAGAGGAAGCGAGAGAGGCCAUGAUUCUCGAUCCGGCCUCUUGUGGUUUCGCGAGCAUUUCACAGGGGAUGCAGAUGAUGCAAGGCGGUUAUAAUCAAGAUGGCCAUGUCCUCGCGUCUAAUUCGGGAGGAGCACCGCCGGCUUCGGCAUCGGAAGCCCACUCGAGCUCUCUGCUUUACAGCCUGUCUCUUCUCAAGGACAAGGUUCAUCAGGUCCGAUCGCUUGUCACCAUCCUCGUCGGGUCCGGUCGAGGCCAGCCCGAGUCAACGUCCUUUGCCUUAGCCAGCAUGGGAAGCUUGAUUCAAGAAAUCAUAGGGACUGCAACUUCUAUGAUGUUCUCUUGCCAGCAGAUGACUCUUCUCGGUCCCGCUAUGCCUUCAGGUACUACUACCAGUAACGACAACAACCACCAUCCUCCUCUUGCUCAUGAGCAUAGCUCUCUUGAUUGGUAUAGCCCAAGUAGCUUUGUCAAUUUCAACGGCAAUAAUGACGGUCAACGUCCGGCAACUUUAGCGAAAAAGGGCGGGUCAGAUCAAGAAAUGAGAGAAUUGCCUCAGGUGGAUCGCCAGAACAACGAAAAACCGCAAGCUCACCGUGCGUUGAGCAGCAAUAGUUAUGAUAUCAUCGAACUGAACGCCGACGAUUUGUUGGCGAAGUUCACGCACUAUUGCCAAAUCUGCGGGAAAGGGUUCAAGCGGGACGCAAACCUGCGAAUGCACAUGAGAGCUCACGGGGACGAGUACAAAACCAGCGCUGCCCUAAGCAACCCCACGAAGAACAGCAACAGCAACCGCAACAAAGCGAGCGAUGAUCAAGAGUGUUUGAGGCCGAAGAAGUACUCGUGCCCGCAAGAGGGUUGCCGGUGGAACCGGAAGCACCCCAAGUUCCAACCUCUGAAGUCCAUGAUCUGCGUCAAGAACCACUACAAGAGGAGCCACUGCCCCAAGAUGUAUGUGUGCAAGAGGUGCAACCGGAAGCAGUUCUCGGUGCUGUCCGAUCUGAGGACGCACGAGAAGCACUGCGGCGACACCAAGUGGCAGUGCAAUUGCGGGACCACCUUCUCGAGGAAGGACAAGCUCAUGGGCCACGUCACCCUGUUCGUCGGCCACUCGCCGGCCUUAUCGGUCGACCUGAUGAACCCGCAAGGACUCAGAGUUCAGCAGAAAGUUGCACCCAACAUCAUGCAGUUAGAUGGUAUUGCUUAUGAUAGGGGAUGAGGUUAGGCCGGUGUAGACAUGUAGCGGAGACGUCUGACCUGGGCUUACGAACACUUUCCGUCGGCAAAAGAAGGGCCGGAACCGGUGCGGCAAACAGUUAAUACAUGCACAGGAUCAUCGGAUACACACUGACUGACGUUAGUUGCUUUGCGAGGAUAGAAUCAAUUCGGAGUUAUCAGUUUCUGCCAUUUGGAACGUUAAUGCAUGAAAUGAUACGUGACAUAUCCAUGUAUCAUCUCCGGAAGUGAGACCGGUGAUGUUCCAGAUGAUCGACCGUUAUGCUUUGUAUGGUAGUU